AUGAUCGAAGAAGCUGGCACCGCUAGCACAAAGUUUUGCGAGGGCAUCGCCCUGGCUCUCAGCUCGUUGUUGUUAUUACAGCUGUUCCGGGCAACUCGCCAGCUCAAAGGCCACAGCACUCGAGAACAUUGUAUCGCUUUAGAAACAACUCAACGCAUGGUAUUGGACAUGAACAGAACCGCAAGUUACAUCUUACAGACGAACGAUGCUUCCACAAUGUCUCUCGUCGGCAUUUGUUGUGUUUGCUCUGCAGCGAUGCUUCUUGCGUUAUCCUCUCAAAGACAUCAGCAGAUAAGCCUUACGGAUUCCGAUGUAGCCACUAUUCGAUUCAAUUUGAAAGCUUUAAAAACACGGUGGGGAAUAGGAGGUACUCUCUCGAUGAAGACCUUGUUGGAGAUUUGCAACUAA